GUCAGCAUCCACAGUUUGAGAUACCUACAACCAUCUUCUUCAAAAAUGAAGUCCUUCAUUCUGUUGACCGCAGUGCUGUGCACGAUCUCGGGAUUGGCAAUGGCUAGGCGCACUCGUCCCUCUGCAACUGGCGAGUGGAGCUGUCCAGCGUGCCCGUACGACUAUACUCCGAUCUGCGGUUCAGACGGUGUCACCUACGCUAACGAUUGUGUCCGGUUCUGUUCGGCUUCACCCUUCGGAUCGGUAGCUGUGGCCUAUUCGGGAGAAUGCAUUGGGGCUCCUGUUGAGACUAUUCCUACCGGCGAGUACAACUGCCCGGCCUGUCCCUACGAUUACACUCCGAUUUGUGGCUCUGAUGGACUUACCUACUCCAACGAUUGCGUCCGAUACUGCUCGGCUUCACCAUUCGGAGCAGUCGCUGUGGCCCAUGCUGGAGAAUGUCCCUAAGUUGUCAAUCGGCUCAUCGCGAUUCUAUUUCAAUCGGAGUUUUUUUUGUCAUUUUUUAUCAGUUGAAAUCUUUGGAGAUCAUUAAUAAAGUUAUAUGAAUGCAUUUGAAAAAA